AACACGGAAGUGGACAUUUAUUGAAAAGGAAAAAUUUGCUCUAUUCAGCUCGGAAACAUUCGGAUUAUCAAGUUACUGUAUACAUUUUUUAUUUAUUUUAAUAUAUAUAUAUAUGUUUCGGCGCGUAUAGUCAUCUUGGACUUGCCAAAAAAAACCCGCUGCUGUUCGUUUCGUGGAUCCCGAUUCAAACUAGCUAGCAAUGAACACGGACGUGGAAUUCCACAUCAGGCAGAAUUAUCCGUGGAACAAGCUACCAGCAAAUGUCAAACAGAGUGUUGGGAACUCGCAGCGUGAAUAUGAAAAACACGUGCAGCUGUACAGUAUCCGCAACCAGCUGAGGUUCCGCAAUAACCUAGUGAGACACGUGAGGAAGGAUGAGAGGAAGUACUAUGAGGAGCUGCUGAAGUACAGCCGAGAUCACCUGAUGCUCUACCCCUACCACCUGUCUGACAUCAUGGUGAAAGGCCUCCGCAUCACCCCGUUCUCCUACUAUAUCAGUAUCAUGGAGGACAUCAUGAACGUAGAGAAGAGUUACGACUCACUGCCCAACUUCACUGCUGCUGACUGUCUAAGACUGCUGGGAAUCGGGAGGAACCAGUAUAUAGACUUGAUGAACCAGUGCAGGUCCUCCAAAAAAUUCUUCCGUAGGAAAACGGCGCGAGACCUGCUGCCCUCCAAGCCAGUAGAGAUCUCUGUUGAGCCCUGGUGGGUGGCUCAGACCGGAUACAUCACAGAGGAUGACGUCAGGAUCUGCUCGGUGGCAGAGAGGAAGGCGAUUGAUAAGAUGAUUGAUUCAGGACCCCAGCUGGCUGGAUCAAUGGAGUACAAUGUGGUGCUGAGUCUGUACAACAGGGGGUACAUCUACCUAGAUGUUCCCAUCUCUGAUGCCAGCUGUAUCUCAGUGCCCCCUCUGGAAGGCUUCGUGAUGAACAGGGUCCAGGGAGACUACUUUGAAACCCUUUUGUACAAAAUAUUUGUGUCCAUCGACGAGCAGACUAACGUCUUAGAGCUGGCUAAUGUUCUGGAGAUUGACUUGGGCCUGGUGAAGAAUGCUGUGUCUAUGUACUGUCGCCUGGGUUUUGCCCUGAAGAAAGGAGGCUCGUUCAGCUCAGAGCAGCUCCACCCCACAUGGAAGACUGCUCCCUCUGUCAACAGAUUGAAGAGCACUGUGGACCCCAAACAGAUGCUGCUGUCAUGGGAACAGGGGAGUCCUGUGAUGGAGGCUGGAUCCUCUGCUACAGACACCACCAGCCUGGAGGACCGAGACAACGCCAGUGUGAGCAGCCUGAGUAACCCUGGUCCUGCUGCCCCGCCCACCAAGAGGAUCGCCUUCCUGUUUGACUCCACCCUCACCGCCUUCCUCAUGAUGGGGAACCUCUCUCCGAACCUGAAAAGCCAUGCAGUCACCAUGUUUGAGGUGGGGAAGCUGUCAGACGAGACCCUGGACAGCUUUCUGAUGGAGCUGGAGAAAGUAGAGAGCACAGCAGAGGGCGAGGCCCAGAGGUAUUUUGACCACGCUCUGACCCUCAGGAACACUAUCCUGUUUCUCCGCUACAACAAGGACCUGACCACCGACCAGGGCCCUGACCUGCCUAACAACGGCCUGCCCCUGGACAUGCUCCGCUGUGAGAGUCUGCUGGGUUUAGACCAGGCCACCUGCAGCCGUGUCCUCAACAAGAACUACAAACUACUGGUCUCCAUGGCACCGCUCAGCAACGAGAUCCGGCCUAUCAGCAGCUGCACACCUCAGCACAUUGGCCCAGCCAUCCCCGAGGUGAGCUCCAUCUGGUUCAAGCUCUACCUGUACCAUGUGACCGGCCAGGGUCCUCCCUCCCUGCUGCUGUCCAAGGGCUCCAGGCUCCGGAAACUACCAGUCAUCUUCCAGGUUUUUGACAGGUUGCUGAUCACUUCCUGGGGUCACGACCCCGGUGUGGUGCCCACGUCCAACGUGCUGACCAUGCUCAAUGACGCCCUCACACACUCCGCUGUACUCAUACAGGGCCAUGGGCUGCAGGGUCAUGGAGAGACCGUUCACGUCCCCUUCCCGUUUGACCAGGAAGAUCUCAAAGGAGAGUUCUCCUCCUCCAACAUGUGUGUCCACAAGGCCCUGCUGCUGCUGAGGGAGAAGGUGGAUCUGGAGCACCAGUGUGGCUACAUCACCAUGCUCAACCCCAACAACAGGCACCGCAGGAGGCCCAGCGAGAGCUCCGACGGCAGGGGAGACAGUCAUCUGGGUGGUGGAUUGGAGGCCAACAGCAGCACGGAGUCCUUUGAGCUGGUCACAGAGGACAACAAUGGAGGAAAGCAAGCAGCAGAAGUGCCGUUGACAGAAGAUGAGUGGGUCCCUCUAGAGCUGUGCUUUGGGAUGCCCCUCUUCAGCUCCGAGCUGAACCGCAAAAUAUGCAGAAAGAUCGCCUCGCACGGCCUCUGUAGCAAAGACAGCCUUCAAGACUUACUUCAUUCCAGCCGGAAACUAUCAUUAAAUGUUCUGAGUUUUGUUCAGUCAUUCCAGGAUGGCAGUCAGGGUCAGCCCGACCCUGACAGUGGAGUAUCCGGUCCUCUCAGCCAGCCCCCGGCCGAGUCUGGUGUUCCGCUGCCCGCUCUCAACCUCAUCUUCAAGGAUGGACAGCUGAGGGAGUGGAGUGGACGAGCACCUCCACCUCUCCACAUCUCAGCCCUGCAGAAAGACCAGUCCUUAUAGACCUCUCCACAUUAUAGACCCCUCCACAUCUCAGCCCUGCAGAAAGACCAGUCCUUAUAGACCCCUCCACAUCUCAGCCCUGCAGAAAGACCAGUCCUUCUAGACCCCUCCACAUCUCAGCCCUGCAGAAAGACCAGUCCUUAUAGACCCCUCCACAUCUCAGCCCUGCAGAAAGACCAGUCCUUAUAGACCUCUCCACAUUAUAGACCCCUCCACAUCUCAGCCCUGCAGAAAGACCAGUCCUUAUAGACCCCUCCACAUCUCAGCCCUGCAGACAGACCAGUCCUUAUAGACCCCUCCACAUCUCAGCCCUGCAGAAAGACCGGUCCUUAUAGACCCCUCCACAUCUCAGCCCUGCAGAAAGACCGGUCCUUAUAGAACAUGUCACUUUCUCUCAAACACUCAUUCAACCACAUAAAUAUAACUUCCUGUCUCUGUCCUGCAAAACACGAGCCCACAGUAGCCCCACACUCCCUAGGCCGUCCCCAAGAGGUGAUGGUGUUACUUUAGCGGGGCCACGAGGAGACUGUCUGUAUUGGUCAUUUACAUUGGUGAUAGCUGGUGAUGUCUAGACCUUUUAGGCCAGUGGUUCCCAAACUUUUUAGGUUACUGUACCACCAAGUGAAUUUUGCUCUGCCUGGAGUACCCCUUGAAGUACCCCAUCGUGUGGAUUUUACCAGUAGUCCUAUGGUCUCAUGAGUCUUCUCCAGUACCCCCUGUGGGUAGGCCAAAUACCCCCAGGGGUCCUAGUACCCCUGGUUGGGAACCAACUGCAUUAGGGCAUCCAGAAAAAAUAGGAAACUAUUAAAAGUAUUGACAACGCUGUAAUAUUGAGUCCAUAGAGUUGAAUAGAAGUUCCCUUCCCUUUAAAGUCUAUGUUCAAUACUUUUGCUGAAUAAUAGAAAAAUAUUCAUAAAUGACUGUAUUUUUUGCUGACCUAAGUAGGUAUUUUUGAUGGACUAAGUAGGUAUUUUUGAUGGACUAAGUAGGUAUUUUUGAUGGACUAAGCCUGGAAUGGUUUGACUAGUAAAUGUCUGUAGAGCAGGCAUGGUUAACCCAGUGAUUUUGUUAGUCACUCUCAUUCAGAUAUAUUAAAGACUGCAAACAUUUCUCCCCACCCUAAAAACGUGUAGAAUUGCAGGAAAUUUGUUAGAGAAUCUUGUGUGGGUACGCUGUCCCUCGAGCCUCUUCAGCCCUGCAUGAUGGGUACGCUGAGCCUCGAGCCUCGAGCCUCUUCAGCCCUGCAUGAUGGGUACGCUGUCCCUCGAGCCUCUUCAGCCCUGCAUGAUGGGUACGCUGAGCCUCGACCCUCGAGCCUCUUCAGCCCUGCAUGAUGGGUACGCUGAGCCUCGAGCCACUUCAGCCCCAUGAAAGUUGGCCAUCCCUGCUGUAGACUCUCCACACUAGACGAACCAACCCCUCCCUCCUCCUCCUAUUGGCCUAAGUUUUAAUAGCCCACUCACCCCAUGCAAGGAAAAUCUGAAAAUACCUACUUCUUAUUGAGGUGUCUUUUUAAUGUCACAAUGAGACUGGUGUAGUGCUCUUCUCUUCUAUAGCCUAUGGAUCAAUCAAACAGCACGCUGACUGAAAAACCUGUUCCAUUUUCAUUCUAGUUUAGUUUCAACCAUAAAAGUAUUGUUGUUGCUUGUGUCAUGAUUCCCCAAGGUGCAGUUCACUCUAUCAGCCAGUAGUAGUUGGUGUUUUGUUCAGGAACUGGACGCCGGUUGGUUGGUUGGUUGGUUGGGGGGGGGUUGGUUUGAGAUCGACCUCGGAUCAGAGGAGAGCUACCAGCCCCCCCUGCUUUAUGCAAAACAUUUCUCUCUCUGUUUGACUGAGGGAACACCAAAGACUACAUUUCUCUCUCUGUUUGACUGAGGGAACACCAAAGACUACAUUUUUUGUUUGUGGUUAAAUUUUUCUUUGGGGUUUUUACUUAUCUUUUUUUUUGUGUCUUUUAUUUGUAUUUUUCUACCUUAUUAUUAUGACAUCAUCCUCUAUCAUGCCCUGUAGACUUCUAUAUCGUUAUCUCUGGCCCCAGUCCAGUCCUGUACGGACAGCACACUCCACUCCCUUGGCCAGUUUGUUAAGAUCUCUGUUUACAGCGACGGCUAGUGUUACUUAGUGACGGCGUCAAUGCUGGUUCAGACCUACCUGGGUUAAACUAGUAUCCGUUUUCUUUAUGCCUGGCUGGAGUAACCCAGAUGGUUUGGAGUUUUUUGAGACUGUUGUAAUUGGUUCCACUGUGCCAGGCAAGCUCAAUAAAGCACAGAUGUUUGAACCCGGGUCUGCUUGGGUUAUCCAGAGAGCAACCAAAGCCUGGACCAAGUCCCUCACAGAGAAGAACCAUAUUAGAAUCUAAUGUGUUCUAUCUAUGACGCUGUCUAUUCAUAAUGCUCCUCGGACGGCAGCAGCAGUAGUACACUCAGUAGUACACUCAGUAGUACACUCAGUAGUACACUCAGUCGUACACUCAGUCGUACACUCAGUCGUACACUCAGUAGUACACUCAGUAGUACACUCUUAAUAGUAGUUCUAUCUAUCUCUCUUUUUUUAUGUGGAUGGAUAUGUUCAGUUCCCCCCAUUUUGACCCCGUAGUGGUUGUUUAUUGAUGAUGAUGAUGAUGUAGAUAAAAGAUAAACGAGGUCCUGGUGAAGCAUGAUGAGUGUGUAGAGACCAUUGUCUGUGUAUAACACCAUCACCUCAUCAACCUACCCAAUACCUCCUGCCAUUAUUGUCCCCUACCCUCCAUAACUAGUCUCCUAUCGAUGGACUGGCCCCUACCCUCCAUAACUAGUCUCCUAUCGAUGGACUGGCCCCUACCCUCCAUAACUAGUCUCCUAUCGAUGGACUGGCCCCAACCCUCCAUAACUAGUCUCCUAUCGAUGGACUGACCCCAACCCUCCAUAACUAGUCUCCUAUCGAUGGACUGACCCCUACCUUCCAUAACUAGUCUCCUAUCGAUGGACUGGCCCCUACCCUCCAUAACUAGUCUCCUAUCGAUGGACUGGCCCCUACCCUCCAUAACUAGUCUCCUAUCGAUGGACUGGCCCCUACCCUCCAUAACUAGUCUCCUAUCGAUGGACUGGCCCCUACCCUCCAUAACUAGUCUCCUAUCGAUGGACUGGCCCCUACCCUCCAUAACUAGUCUCCUAUCGAUGGACUGGCCCCUACCCUCCAUAACUAGUCUCCUAUCGAUGGACUGGCCCCUACCCUCCAUAACUAGUCUCCUAUCGAUGGACUGGCCCCUACCUUCCAUAACUAGUCUCCUAUCGAUGGACUGGCCCCUACCCUCCAUAACUAGUCUCCUAUCGAUGGACUGGCCCCUACCCUCCAUAACUAGUCUCCUAUCGAUCUAUCAGACCCAUACCCUCCAUAACUAGUCUCCUAUCGAUGGACUGGCCCCUACCCUCCAUAACUAGUCUCCUAUCGAUGGACUGGCCCCUACC